AUGAAAUCGCCGCCAGGAUUAUUGAGACCGAGACGCACCACCAGAUCGCGUAACAACUAUGACCAAGAGCAAGAGAUCGAAAUCCAGCAGAGAAAUGCGCGCUCUCAACAGAAGAAGAGAACCCGGGGCAAGCCAGUAGCCCAACGUGAAGCGAUGACUUCGGACGACGCGUCGACUGAGAGCGACGACACGAACGCCGCCAAUCUUGUGAAAGAGCUCAAAGUCAAGGAAGAAUUUAGCGCCGCCCUUGCAGAGGUUCAACAGGAGCUGCAGACCUUGGCAGAGAGACCCCUCCCCGAACCAUGCGCGCGGAACGGCCACGAUGAGAUCCUUCGCGAAGUCCAAUCCUUACGCGAAGAAAUCAGCACCCCCGCCCCCGCAAGCUCCCCGUCCUAUGCAGAUGUCGCCCCCCACCCCCCCCCCCCCCCCACUCAGUCACCCGAGCAACAUACGGACUCUCUCAACGUCGAACACAACACCAACCACUUUAACCGACACGCUGUACUGCACGAUAGACACCUCGAAGAUGACCGAAAGCGAAAGUGA